GGGCUUUCACUCAAAUCAAACAUUUAAAUACCUAUGUCGAUUUGGUUCAAGGCCUUAAACAUUUAAAUACUAGUUUUAGGGCACACAGUUCAUCAUUCACACACUUUCAGAGAACCAGACAGAGAGAAUCGAAUCAUUGCAAAUGUAUUUAUCUCCCCACUUUACAGGUUAAUCUUACAUCAGAGUGUCUGUUGUAAGGAGUUCAGAGUGCAUAUACUAUGAUUGGGGAAAAGAUGUCUGAGGUGGGAUACGCUCAUCUUGAUGAAGAAUUUGAUUUUGAUUUGGAAAAAAAAAUGAUUGAUAUUGCUCGUCAUGACAAGAAACCUAAAUUUCUCUAUCUUAUGAAGAAGCUAUUUAAAAAAGAAAUGCCAAAGAGAAAAAAAGUUGGAAAGGAGGAAUUAGGUGGUAAUCAAGCUAAAUAUUGCCCGUCAAUGAUUUUGGAUUUGAUUUGUUUGUGUGACGCAGUAGAUUGUGCCGUUGCUUUUCUCGAAGGAGAGACCGGUUUCAUCGCGGAUCUUAAUGUUCCCUUUGUGGAUGGAUUAUAUCCAUUGCAUUUAGCAGCUAAUUGUUUAUCGUAUGAAAUGGUCAAGUUGCUACUUUUCCAUGGAGCUCGGACUGAUGUCAGAACCAUAGAGGGUAGUUUUAAGGGGGACUUGUUUCCUCUCAAUGUAACACUUGAAACAGUAAGGUAGAAGAUUGAUAUUAUAAUAUAAAUUUUUUUGUUUCUUUUAGUU